AUGUGGCUGGCAGCGCUAGCGGUUCUGUUAGCGGUGUGCGGUUAUCUCUUUUUGGAUACCCUCAAACCGAGAAAAUUCCCUCCCGGCCCGAAAUGGAUACCGAUUCUUGGCUGCGCAAAGGAAGUUUACAAGCUUCGAGAAAAAACCGGCUACCUGUACAAAGCCGUGAAAGAAUUAUCUCUGACCUACUGCAAUGAGACUCCAGUACUAGGUUUGAGAAUAGGGAAAGACCGAAUCGUGAUGGUGAAUAGCUUGGAAGCAAACAAAGAGAUGUUAUUCAAUGAGGACAUCGACGGAAGACCGAAGGGAAUCUUUUAUCAAACCAGAACGUGGGGAGAACGACGAGGUGUCUUGUUAACAGACGGGGAACUGUGGAAGGAGCAGAGGCGCUUCCUCAUCAAGCACCUUAAAGAAUUCGGCUUUGGCAGAUCCGGUAUGGGCGAGACAGCGAAACUGGAAGCCGAGCACAUAGUCAUCGACGUAAUGCACAUGAUCGGCGACAGGGGAUCAGCCGUUAUACAAAUGCACAACUUCUUCAACGUUUAUAUUCUGAAUACUCUAUGGACGAUGAUGGCCGGGAAUAGGUACAAUCCAAGCGACCCACAGAUGAAGAUCCUUCAAAGCAUGCUGUUCGAUUUGUUCGCAGCCGUCGACAUGGUCGGUACAGCCUUCAGUCACUUCCCGAUAUUGAGCAUCGUAGCACCGACCUUAUCCGGUUAUAGAAAUUUCAUUAAAACGCAUAAGAGAAUCUGGAAGUUCUUGAGAGAAGAACUAGCGAGACAUAAAGACAGUUUUCAGCCAGAUAAAGAGGAUAAGGACUUUAUGGAUGUGUACAUAAGGGCUUUGCGUGAGCACGGAGAAGUGAACACGUAUUCCGAGGGACAGCUCGUGGCCAUGUGCAUGGACAUGUUCAUGGCGGGCACGGAGACGACCAGCAAGAGUAUGAGCUUCUGUUUCAGCUAUCUCGUUAGAGAGCAGGAAGUCCAAAGGAAAGCUCAGGAGGAAAUUGACAGGGUUGUAGGAAAAUAUCGGGUACCGAGCGUGAACGAUAGGCCUAACAUGCCCUAUAACGAAGCAAUAGUCCAUGAGUGUGUCAGACACUUUAUGGGACGUACCUUCGGUGUACCGCAUCGGGCUCUACGAGACACCACUUUAGCUGGAUGCCAUAUACCUGAGGACACAAUGGUAGUCAGUAACUACACGAACAUUCUACUUGACGAGAACUACUUCCCGGAGCCGUAUUCCUUCAAGCCUGAGAGGUUCCUGGUAAACGGGAGGGUCAGUCUGCCUGACCACUACUUUCCCUUCGGUCUUGCGAAGCAUCGCUGCAUGGGCGAUGCAUUAGCCAAGUGCAAUAUCUUCGUUUUCACUACUACAAUGCUGCAGAGGUUCUCGCUGGUGCCUGUACCGGGGGAAGGUCUGCCGUCCUUGGAUCAUAUGGACGGAGCCACUCCUUCAGCAGCGCCGUUUAAGGCUUUAGUUAUACCACGAAUUUGA